UGCUUUCCGCUGGGAACGCUAUGCCAACAUGGCUUCCACAAUAGCCUCUCCGGUCCCACUACGCUUCAAUCAGUCUCCACAAACGACCAAUCAGCGCGAGGUUAUCGACACAGGGCGCGAUACUCCUCUUCCGCGGUAUGAAAAGACGCAGUCGGUGCCAUUUACUUUGAAACUCCAGGAAGAUGCCCAAAAUCCAGGCCGCUUUCAGCUUGUCUUGGACAUUGGUGCAAAGCUUCAACCACCAGAUGGAUUGCCCUUGAAUGCAUUGUUCAACCCUUUAAACACGGUCAAUAGCGCUACCAAGAAUACCACAAAUUCUAGACAAGAUACAUCGAGUCCACCUACGACACCACUUUCGGAGAAGCAAGGCUGGGCCGAUCUAGACCACGUGCCCCCUGAAUUUCUCAAUAAAGUUGUGCCAGAUUGGAAUGUAUCAUUUUCUCGGAGUGAUUCGACACUGUCUACACAGACAAAGCGUCUAGCCGAAAUCAAAGCCAAGAUCAAAAAGAAAGGAAAGGGCUAUGUAGUUCGGCUCUUAAAGGGAUCCGCCACAGACUCGGAUGAGAUUGCUGAAGUAGACUUGGGUUCAGACGCCACCACAUCCCGGGCAAACAUCUCCGAGCUUGACUCCGCACUGCUGCCAGCUGAACUUCACUCUGUACCGUCAUCUGCGCCGGCAAAUAUUAUAAGUCCUGCCGAUCGACCCGAUGUGUUCGAAAUCGGUACUUCAAACGAAGAUGGCAUCAGGCAUCCGCAAGAUUCCAUUGCUCUUGGAACUGAUUCAAGCGGUGAAUCACAUGCGAGGCAAGCGGAAGGGAGUCGUCUGGUACAACAUUCAACCACUGAAGAAGGAAUGAGCGAUGCGGAAACCCUCAUUUCUGAUCUUCGCCCAAUGGAUCGGCACGUGGAUGGACAACAGACCUAUGGCGAGUCCUUGAUUCCAACCCGAUCAGGUUCAGUAUCCAGCAUUGUGAAAACACCUACCCGGGGCCUAUCACUCAUCGGGCCAGUCAGGAAAAGGGUUGAGAAGAAGACUCGUCCCCGUGUAAACUGCCGAACCGCAAACAUUAACCUUAAACGGUCGGACGCUCACAAAUCGACCAAGAUUCCCUCCAAUUCAACAACCAUUGAAACCGAAGAUUGGUAUGAUGAAUUUGGCACGAGCUCGGCUAACGUGCGGCAAUGCCAACGUCUGUCACCUCGCAAGUCCAAGGACUCUGACCGAAAUUUGCAAGACCACGGGGCAUGGCAAAAUUCAGUACGACAUACCGGGAGGAUGAAAUCUCGAAACGCCCGUCAUUCAUCCGCAGACGAUCUCCAAGUACCCAAAAAAUCCAAGUAUGGAUUGCGGUUACAAACCAACGUUCCCAAAACAAGAUCUGCCCAUGUAUCCCCAGUGACUCAGCGGAAAGGGCCACCGAAGGUGCGAAAACACAAAUCCUCGUCAAAUUCACCGGGGGAGAUGUAUGAUGAUUUAGCAUCCUCACCUGACUCACAAGAAGCGAGCCAUUCGGAAGUGCUCAGAGAGGCUUUGAGGGCUUUGGGUAAUGUUGUUUCGGACCCAGGCAAUGGCGAUCAAAGCAUUGGGGAUACGCAAGACCCUACUACUGUGCACGGCCCUGUAGAGUUGCUAGACGAAAAUUGUAUUGGCGAUAUUUUGUUGCCUUCGGAAACCGAGAUCAGAUCAGCACCUAGUGGAGUGCACAACCCAGCGUUGAUGUACUGGGCCCUCGCAUUUGGCGCGUUGUCGGACAAAGUAUACGAAGGAUUCAAACUGCUUCGAGACGUUGUCGGUCCUGAGAGGCCCGUUCCGAGAGGUCAUGUUCGCGUUCGAUGGACUUGUUCCUGUGGAGAGUCACUUUACGAUGACUUUAUUGAGCAACGACCGAAUGCAGCCCGACUCCUGGAAGCCUACUUGAACCGUCCGAGAGUGCACACCUAUCAAAGCCCUGCCAGCCAGAGCAGUACAGUAUCAUCCGUGUCCUCUCUCUUCGACUCUUCUAGUCGAGCUUCAACUCUGGCAACGCCAUCGUCUACCUAUGGUGGAUCUGCUCCAUGGUCUAGAGGCAGCGAUGCAUCAAAGUACAACCCGUCCCGUGUGCGAGCCGAUAGCGCAUUCAGUGUUCGCAUGCCUAAUUAUGCCGAGGAAUCGUGGCUUCUCACCUGCGCAAACGAGGGGCGUCUUACGCCAAAGAUUGUGCAUCUCGACGUCAACGAAGGCCGAAUAAGAAGCGAUAAAGACCUGGCACUCUCGCUACGAGAGCACUACGACCAGCUACAUCGCCGAUGGUAUAACUGGACACGAUUGCGUGGACUAACGACUAUCGAAUUUGUACAAUUCGAAGUUCAUCGUAAUCGAUUUGCUGAUAUUCGUGCGGCGCCAUCUAUGCCUCCAAAAUCUGCGACGUCUUCAGUGUCUACAGCUGGUAGCUCAGAGAAAUCUCAGGGAGCAUCUCAGCAUCCAUAUACGUUUGAGCCCAACGACCUUCUGCCUCCUGUCGGCAGCACCUACCUCCUUCAUCUUUUUAAGCAUCCAAACGACUAUGACGGCGAGCUGGUAACGUAUCUACGUAGUCCCAAGCGGCGUCAGCGGCUAGAGUUCGGCAUGGGGUGGGGUGUUCAUCUUGUGGAAGGAUUCCUGGCCCAGCGUGUUUGGGCGUUUAUAGUGGGUAUUUGUGGCCUGAGUAGUGCAGUGUUUGCCGUUCUGUGGGCGAUUAUGAAGGAAGACGUGCAGGGUGCAUUUGGAGUUGCGCAAUGGAUACUGGGAAUCGCUGUGCUAAUGGUCGGCGGCAUCCAAGCAUGUCUAGAGUAGAGUAGACUGCAAGUCAAUGAAAGCGGCGAAAUGGUCGUCCGCAAAUCUGAACCAG